AUGGUGCCCUUGAGGGCCGUGUGUCUGGCUUGGGCGCUGCUAGGAGCGGCCGCAGCGUGCCCAGAGCCGUGCGCCUGCGUGGACAAGUACGCGCACCAGUUCGCUGACUGCGCCUACAAGGAGCUGCGCGAGGUGCCAGAAGGACUGCCGGCCAACGUGACGACCCUCAGUCUGUCGGCGAACAAGAUCACCGUACUGCGGCGCGGGGCUUUCGCCGACGUCACGCAGGUCACCUCGCUGUGGCUGGCGCACAAUGAGGUGCGCACGGUGGAACCCGGCUCGCUGGCCGUGCUGAGCCAGCUCAAGAACCUCGACCUGAGCCACAACCUCAUAUCCAGCUUCCCAUGGAGCGACCUGCGUAACCUGAGCGCGCUACAGCUGCUCAAGAUGAACCACAACCGCCUGGGCUCGUUGCCCCGGGACGCACUCGGUGCGCUGCCUGAUCUGCGCUCCCUGCGCAUCAACAACAACCGGCUUCGCACACUGGCUCCUGGCACCUUCGACGCGCUAAGCGCUCUGUCGCAUCUGCAACUCUACCACAACCCCUUCCACUGCAGUUGCAGUCUUGUGUGGCUGCAGGCCUGGGCCGCGAGCACCCGGGUCUCCUUACCGGAGCCCGACUCCAUCGCGUGCGCCUCGCCUCCUGCUCUGCAGGGCGUGCCGGUGCACCGCCUGCCCGCCCUGUCCUGUGUACCGCCUGGUGUGCGUCUGAGUGUGGAGCCGCCGCCCGAGGCGCCGGGCAGCCCCCUGCCCUCCGGCCUGACGCUCAUGGUACACUGCGUGGCCGAAGGACACCCCACGCCCCGCCUGCAAUGGCAACUUCAGAUCCCGGGUGGCACCGUAGUGCUAGCCCCGCUGGUCCUGAGCGGGGAGGACGGCGGGGACGGGGCGGAAGACGGGGAGGAGGAAGGAGAUGGGGACGGGCCAACGCAGACAGAGGCCCCAACCCCGACUCCAGCACACGCCUGGCCGGCUCCCCCAGCCACCCCGCGCUUCCUGGCCCUCACCAAUGGCUCCCUGUUGGUGCCCUUCCUGAGUGCCAAGGAGGCAGGCGUCUACACCUGCCGUGCCCACAACGAGCUGGGUGCCAACUCCACGUCGGUACGCGUGGCAGUGGCAGCUGCCGGCCCCCCAAAGCACGCACCUGGCGCAGGGGGAGACCCUGAUGGGCAGGCUCCAACCUCUGAGCGUAAGUCCACAGCCAAAACCCGGGGCAACAGCGUCCUAACGUCCAAGCCCGAAGGCAAAAUCAAAGGCCAAGGCAUGGGCCGGGUUAGCGUCCUCGGGGAUUCAGAGAUGGGGCCGGAGCAGGAGGAGGCGGAGGAGGAGGCAGGUGAGGGUGAAGAGGCGGAAGACCAGGUCCCCGCUGACCCAAUGGAGGAGCAGCGCUGUGGCCACGGGGACCCCUCGCGGUACGUGUCCAACCACGCCUUCAACCAGAGCGCAGAGCUCAAGCCUCACGUUUUUGAGCUGGGCGUCAUCGCGCUGGACGUGGCGGAGCGGGAGGCACGGGUGCAGCUGACGCCCCUGGCGGCUCGCUGGGGCCCGGGGCCAGGGGGCGCUGCGGGAGGAGGGCGACCCGGGCGGCGGCCACUGCGCCUGCUCUAUCUGUGCCCGGCGGGGGGCGGCGCAGCAGUGCAGUGGUCGCGCGUCGAGGAGGGCGUCAACGCCUACUGGUUCCGUGGCCUGCGGCCCGGCACCAACUACUCCGUGUGCCUGGCGCUGGCAGGCGAGGCCUGCCACGUGCAAGUGGUGUUCGCCACGAAGAAAGAGCUGCCCUCGCUGCUGGUGAUCGUGGCGGUGAGCGUGUUCCUCCUGGUGCUGGCCACCGUGCCCCUGCUGGGGGCCGCCUGCUGCCAUCUGCUGGCCAAACACCCAGGCAAGCCCUACCGCCUUAUCCUGAGGCCGCAGGCCCCCGACCCCAUGGAGAAGCGCAUCGCCGCUGACUUCGACCCUCGCGCCUCCUACCUCGAGUCCGAGAAAAGCUACCCCGCGGGUGGCGAGGCGGGCGGGGAGGAGCCAGAAGAGGCCCCCGGGGAGGGCCUAGACGAAGACGUGGAGCAGGGGGACCCCACUGGGGACCUGCAGAGAGAGGAGAGCCUGGCGGCUUGCUCUCUGGUGGAAUCCCAGUCCAAGGCCAACCAAGAGGAGUUCGAGGCGGGCUCCGAGUACAGUGACCGGCUUCCCCUGGGUGCCGAAGCGGUCGACAUCGCCCAGGAGAUUAACGGCAACUACAGGCAGACGGCGGGCUGA